ACUGAGCACCUCACAGGGAGCGGGGAUAGAGCUGUGCUGCUAGGAGCCCUGCAAAGAUGCAGUGGCACAUCAUUUCUAUCCUCUUUCUUUUCCCCAUUCCAGGCAACAUUUUCACAGACAGUGAUCAGGGUGACAGGGGGAGUGGAAAGUGGGGAUGGUACGGAUGAUGCUAGAAGACCGUCCCCUUAGAUUCCCAUAUCUACAUGAAAGGCAAUGGGAAAGGCCUAUUGGGAUCUAUUCUGGAUGUGACAAGCUGGACUGGACUUGGAGCAUGCCUUGCCCUCAGCAGGCUCUGUAAGCAAUGAGAGCUUUCAUCAAGAUUGGCGAGUGAACGACUAAAACUGCCAUUGUCACUAGAUGUCCUACACCUCCCGCCAGAAGAAGCUCAUUAAGAAGCUAUGGGCUGAGAAAGCUUUUCGGGAGGAAAUCAAGGCUUUUCAGGAGAAAAUCAAGGGCUUUCGGGAAAAGAUGAAUGCCUUUCGGGAGAAGAUCCAGGCCUUCAGGAUGGCGAUCCAGGCCUUCUGGGAGGAGGAAAACCCCAUCUGGGAGGAGGAAAAUGCCUUUCGGGAGGCAGAAAAGGUUUUCCGGGAAGAAGCAAAAGCAUUCUGGGAGGGGUACAGGGACUUUUGGAAGGGGUAUAAUGCUUUCUGGAAGAAGGACAAAGCUUUCUGGAAGGCGGAUCAGGUCCUCUGGGAAAAGGACAGGGUUCUCUUGGAUGAGGAUAAAGUCCUGUGGGCAGAAGAAAAGGCUCUCUGGGCAGAUGAAAAAAGCCUCCUAGAAGAGGAAAGAGCUUUCUGGGAGGAUGAGGAAGCCCUCCGAGAAGAUGAAAAAAACCUCCAAGAAGAUGAAAACUCUAUCUGGGAGGGUGCAUUUGACCCUCUGCGAGAAGAACAAUUACUGCUAGCUGUAGCUAUCAAUGCACCUGAGGAGCAUGGCCCAAAUGUCCUGAGAGGAAAAGGGUAGCUCAAGGGAAUGAAAACAAGGGUAAAUUAUUCUGCUGGAUCAAAACCAGUACUUGGAAAGCCAUGUGUGCUGAAACAUCUGUGUAAUUAGCCAGUUAGCAGCCUCUUUACUUUGAUUAUCCUUCUGAAAUAGCCUCUUUGAUCCCAAAAACCUAAUAAAAGCGUAAUGGAAUUUCAAUAGAAUUAGUUUACA